AUGAGUCUGAAGAUCAGAUUCAGUGAUACGGCAUACACUGGAGUUGGUGUCCGUGCUGCUCAAUCAUUCGCGUAUCUACUCACAGAGUUACCAUUGUUAAAAUAUUUGACGUUAGAAUAUUCAGAAGGAAUCGAUCCGAUAACUUACAUACCGUCGACUGUUGUUAAUAAUACUAUUGUAAGUUUAACAAUUUGGAUUCACGACAUUAAGCGUGUGAUACCACUACUUUAUCGAUUUCAAAAAUUAAAAGUAUUCACAAUUCAUCACCAUUCAAGCGAUCGUAAGAGAAAAUGGAUGCGACGAGAUGACAUUGAGAAUUAUCGAAGUCAAUUAAGAGAAAAAACAUCGAUUGAAUAUCCUAUUACACUUCGUCACGUCAACGUGUAUAAGUACGAGAUGACAUUGGAAAAAGUCGAACAGUUGCUCAAACUCGUAAUUCCACCGAAUUUAUUGGCUCUGAGAUUAUUCGCUAGCAAACGUCCUGCUGUGAGAAAUCAGAUGCCGAUGAGAAAACCCCCGUUUCUCGAUGGUGUACAAUGGCAUGAUUUGCUGAGAAAGUAUUUGUCAUCAACAAUGAAAAGAUUUUACAUCGAGUACGAGGACAUCGAUGAUACAAUGCCACGCACAAAUCUUGCGCGAAUUAAGAAAGAAUUCAUUAAACAUACUGGGCCAACUUUAUCGUGGGAAGUUUCCUGUUCGUACGACAAAGAUACAAAACUCAUGUCCUUCGACUUAACUUUUAUUUAG